GAUAAUGCCGAUCGGGCAAAGUUCAAGAAGGAUGGAUUUCCUCGGUAUUCCGCGCUGUCCAUUGUAUUUGGUGAUACAUAUGCUACUGGUGAGCAAGCACUAGGAAAUGCCGAAGAUUUGGUGGAGUCAGAGGAAGGUGGCGAUCAUAGUGGUCAUGCAGACGAUGAUCCAAAUAACUUUGGUGAACACCCCACCGAUGAGGAAGUCUUUACAAGUGGAUAACACAACUUGGAUAGAACUCCAAAUAUCAAGAGGAGAAGAAAGAGUAAAGCACGUGAAAUUUCCAAUACAUGCAAAGCCUUACAAGAAAUGAUUAAAUCCAGGGCAAGUCAACAAAGUGAAUCUGCUGCCACCUCACAAGUCACAUUACCACCUGUAAACCCCUUCUCCAUAUCUGCUGUGAUUAAUGUCCUACUUAGCAUACCCGAGUUGGAUGUGGAUCUUUACCACAAGGCACUGGAACGAGCAAUGUAUAGUGCCACUUGGAGGGAGGCUUUCAUCUAAACUCCAACCGAAUUGAGAAAUGGACUUCUCCAACGUCUUCAGUAGAUGUUAGAAAAUGUAUUAGGGAUUGCAUGGGAUUUCUAUGUUUAGUUUUAAUUUACUUUAUGACUUAUGUUACGAUGUUAUUUGGUUUUUAAAGGUAUUCAUGUUGAGACUCUUUUACUUGUAUGGUAGUAUGGGUAUGAUAUUUUCCUUUUGUGAUUGUUAUAUUUGAUUUGCUUUCACUUUCUGAUUUAUGUUAUUGGUUGUUAUUAGUUUUUUUCCCUAGAUAUCUAUAUUAAUGUUCUUGUAUUUGUGUGAUGGCAUAGGUACUAUGGAAGGGGGACAAAAUAGUGAGUCCAAUGGCUAAGUAACACCAGGUGAUCAUUACUUGGAUGAGACCGAUAUUGACAUAAUAUUAGCAUGGUUGGGUAUUGUUGUAAUGGACAUGUCCAUACAUACGAAAGAACCUAUUAGAGACAGUCAAUUGUCAGAAGCCGAAUGGGUAAGGGAGAUUCUUUGCGGACAUUUCGAUAGAGUAUAUGAAGCCUUUAGAUUGGAGAGACAUGUUUUUUCGAACCUAUGUGAUUUGAUGAGGGUAAGAGGUUGGUUGAAAGAUAGCCGUUAUAUUAAGGUAGAUGAACAAGUUGGGAUUUUCUUAUCUUUGAUUGGUCAUGGUAACUCUAAUAGAGAUUUAUGUGAGAGAUUCCAACAUUCGGGACAAACAAUCAGAACAUAUUUCACUAAUGUGCUGAAAGCAUUUUUGAAAUCGUGAAAAGAGAUUAUCAAACCACCUUCAUUUGAUGAUAUUCCAAAGGAGAUUCUUAUGGAUCGUAACCAUAGACGCUACUUCAAGGGCUGCAUAGGUGCUAUUAAUGGCACUCACAUUAAUGCUUCUGUCCCCGUGUCGAAGCAAAUCCCGUAUAGAGGCGGGAAAGUGACUACCACCCAGAAUGUGUUGUGUGUUUGUUCAUUUGAUAUGAAAUUUACUUUCGUGUAUGCUGGGUGGGAAGGAUCUGCGAACGAUUGUCGAGUCCUCUCGGCAGCAUUAGAGACUCCUCGGCUACAAUUUCCUCAUCCACCACUAGAUAAAUACUACGUGCUAGAUUCUAGUUAUGCUGCACUUUCGGGAUUUUUAACUCCGUUUAAAGGUGAACGGUAUCAUCCGAACGAUUAUAGGGGUAGAGGGAGACGACCCAGAACAGCAAGAGAACUAUUUAACCAUAGGCACUCUUCACUAAGGAAUGUCAUUGAGAGGUCAUUUGGGGCAUUGAAAAAUCGUUUUUCCAUUUUGAGACAUAUGCCUCCAUUUAUAGUUCGUAAGCAAGCACGUAUUGUCAUUGCAUGUUGUGCUCUUCAUAAUUACAUUCGUGACCAAGACAAGAUGGACAAAAACUUUUCCCGAUAUGGUGAUCCGGAGUACCCAUGUGGACCUAUACAAGAAGAGGUUGUAGAUGAUAUUUUUCAUGAGGAGGCCUCCGAGAUAAACAUGCUUAGGAAAAGUAUUGCAAAUCAAAUGGCAAGAGACAACGAUAUGGAUGAAAUUCCAUGACUUUGUGUUUUUGAUUUU